UGGAUCUUAAAUUAGCCAAAUAGAAACAGUUCAGUAUGUUACCCAGAUAAUUUGUCUAAUGUUUGAGUCAUUUCUUGAGUCUAAGUGUUAUAAACAGAUAAAAAUGACAAAUGGCUUCUUCGUGUGUUUUAACCGCGCCUGGAGUUGUUUACCCCACGAAUAUGCAGCAAAGACUUGUGCGCCACCAUGGACCGUGAUCUCCAUCAUAACCUCACUCAAGGUGCGCUUUAUAGCAGGAGUCGGGGGCGCGCAUGCUGCCUGCGUGUGGUCUCCCAUUUCGGUCACCAUCAUAAACACACCACUGCAGGGAACAAACCCGCCGAUUGUCUCCUAAAACUAUCUCCCUCUGCUAAACCCACCUGCUGUGAAAGAGAGGAUGGCGGAUGGGGGGAUGUUCGCACUGGGGGAACAGGCUGCGGACGGCCUGCAGCUGCUGGACUACCGGCGACUGACUCGACUCUACUGCAUGAAUGGCGGACAUCACCUUCAGAUCCUUCCCGAUGGGACGGUACAGGGCCUGAAGGAUGACCAGGAUGUUCACACUGUUUUAAAGAUUAAGGCGGUGGACAGAGGUGUUGUCAUCGUCCAAGGAACAGAGGCCAAGCGAUAUUUGGCCAUGAGUGAUGAAGGUCAUUUGUACAGCUCAUCCACAGUUACUGAUGAAUGUUAUUUCCUGGAGAAACUUGAAGAAAACCACUACAACACAUAUAUGCCACAGAAAUACCAGGACAACAACUGGUACGUAGCCUUGAAAAAGAAUGGAAAACCUAAACUUGGUCCAAGAACCCAUAUUGGACAGAAGGCAGUCUUCUUUCUUCCCAGAAAGCUGGAGGACUCCUGCAACUGA